AUGUUCGCCGUCCCAGGAUGGUCCGUCUCGAGCUCUGCACUCACGCAGCAAGGCGAUGCGCAGUCCAAAGAUCAGUCCCAAGGCAAAGAUGCCUCGACGCCCAAUGCGAAGAAAGACAACAAGCGCAAGCGCGGCAAAGACCGUGUGACCUCCGGCAAUGUCGAUGAAAUGUAUCGGAGGCACAUUGAGGGCAACUCCGGGCCCAAGGGUGGAAAGCGUGGCAAGGCUGGCGCCAGUGCUGGUGCUGCUGUCGGUGCCGGUGCCGGAGACAGUUCCAUGAAACCAUGGGAGAAGAAAAAACUACAAAAGGAGCAGCAGCAGGCAUCUGCCGCAGGAGCUUCAAAUGAAACAAACGAGGCCCCGAAGGCCGAGGCCGAGGCCGAGGCUGGCCAGGAAGAAGGAAAGCCAGCGAAGAAGCAAAAGAGAAACAGGAAGAACAAGAACAAGGACGGCCAGCAAGAUAAGACUCAAGAGCAGGAUGCGACUACCUCUCCAUCCACUGAAACCUCCGCUGCUGUCAAAUCAGUCGCUCCGCCCAUACCAGCAGCAUCUGCUACCCUUACACCCCUCCAGCAGGCAAUGCGCCAGAAGUUGAUCUCGUCUCGAUUCCGUCACCUGAACGAAACCCUGUAUACUACCGACUCCUCCAAAGCUGUGGAGCUGUUCAACGCCAACCCCGAGCUCUUUGAUGAAUACCACGCCGGUUUCUCGCGCCAGGUGAAGGAAUCCUGGCCCUCCAACCCGGUCGAUGACUACAUCCAGACUGUUCGUCGCCGUGGCGCCGUCCCCGUGCCCAAGAGAGGCAAGCCCGACCCGAGCAAGCCUCUUCCUCUUCCCCGUCGGCCCAAUGGUGCAUGCACCAUUACCGAUUUGGGCUGUGGUGACGCUGGGCUUGCGCGCGCCUUGACUCCGGCGGCUAAGAAGUUGAAGCUGAAGCUUAACAGCUACGAUCUCCAGGCGCCCGAUGCUCUUAUCACCAAGGCGGAUAUCUCUAACCUUCCCCUGGAGGACGGUACCGUGGAUGUGGCUAUCUUCUGUCUGAGUCUGAUGGGAACAAACUGGGUUUCCUUUGUCGAGGAGGCAUGGCGUGUCUUGCGUGGCGACGGCAAGGGCGAGUGCUGGGUCAGCGAGGUUAAGAGUCGAUUCGGCAAGGUGACGCGCAAAAAAUCGCAGAUCGGAGCGCAGAAGCCGCUUAGCAAGGCCGAGCAAAAGAAGCAAAAGAAGAAGAGCGGUAAAGGCGAUGAUGAAGAGCUGGAUGAGGCCGACAUCUAUGCUGAAGAUGCCCGCCCGACUGACAACGACGAGACGGAUAUCUCUGCUUUCGUCGAGGUUUUCAAAAGCCGUGGCUUUGUGCUUAAGCAGGAGUCCUUGGACAAAUCUAACAAGAUGUUUGUGAAAAUGGAGUUUGUCAAGGCUGGCUGGACCCCGACAAAGGGCAAGCAUGCUUCUGCGGCCCCGGCCCCGGGUGUGAAGGGUGGCAAGAAGCGCUUUGUCGAGAAAAAGACUGAUGCUGAUACCGGUAUGACGGAGGAGCAAGAGGCCCAGGUGCUGAAGCCUUGCGUGUACAAGAUCCGGUAG